AGCCAUUUUGGCUCUAGCCGGUGUUCCCCGCUUUCUCCGCAGCCCUUUCGCCCAUGGUCGGCGGCUCGGCGGCGGCGGCGGCGGGCACGCCUUGGAUGGCUGCGGGGGGCUGCCCGAGUGCGUGGCGGCCCAGCGCAUGGCGUGCCGCCGACAUCGUCGUCCUCGGCCCGACGGCGGCUCGCCGCGCUGCUCGUCGUCGCCUUCGGGAUGCUCUCGAUGCUGCUCUGCGCGCCCGUGCUUGUGUCGGCGAGCCAGGCUCCUGGCAAGACAGGGAGCUGGCGGCGAGGCCCGCGCUGAAGCUCCUGUCGGCCGGCGCGGCAGUGCCAGGAGCCGCGCGCAGGAGGCGAAAUGCGGCUUGGCACGCGGCUCUCGCGCCAGCCGGUUGCUUCGCCGCAGCCGCGGGCGACGGGAUCGCUUGGGCAGCAGCUGGCCCACGCCUUGGCGCCAGCGCUGCUGCCCCAGGGCCUUGUCGCAGUGCGGCUCUGCGUGCCGACGCCGAUCUCUUCGAGCCGCAGGUGGCGCUGGCUCCUGGCACCUGGGAGGUCCCGCUCGGGGACCCAGCCAUGCAGGCCAAGGCCUUCGGGGAUGGCCUGGAGGCGGGCUUGCGCCUCGCGGCCUCGCUCCCCGUGCAGGGCAAUGCCGUAAACCAGGAGAUUGAGGAGCAGCAGUUCGGCGUGCUCGCGAGCGCGGCGCCCGUCGUGGAGCACGUGACCGACAUGCAGGACGACUCCGAGAUCUUCGAGCUCUCGGGCGCGGAGGUCUCGGGAGUGGAGAGCGUGCUGGUCGGUGUCUCUGCUGCUGGCGACGGUGCUGCCCCUCCUGGGCCCCAGACGACCUCUGCUUCAAUCUCGCAAUCUCCCAUAUCCGCUAGGGGAGUGUAUUCGCAGGGGCAUGCGGCCGUGUCGCAUGUGCAGGAGGGCUUGCCCAUGGCGCAGUGGGGCCGCUGGAUGCCGUCUCAGCUGCCACCCGAUCCUGGGGAAGGCCGCCUGUUCGACCCCUGCGACGACAGUGAGCUCAACCAAAGUUCUCGGAGAUAUCAGUUCGGAUUUGGAUCCUUUGCCGGCUUCUAUUCCGACUCCGACGCCUCCGAGAUCUUCGGGGUCUGAGUGCCUGAUUAUCAUGCCGUACUUCCUUAUUUGUGGUUUUCAGUGUGUGCUGCCAGGCUUCUAUUCUCUGUAUUCCUUCCUUGGUCUGGUGUGUUUCGCCCGUCCAUCACGUGGUCUGGUCUUCUGGCAUUCUUUUUUUCGUGGGAAUGGAGUGAUUGCGUUGUCGGUAGUCAGUCAGUACGCAGCUGACCUCCACGAUCAAGUCCUUCCUGGUGUUGCUGGGCGUUCUUAUUCUUGUCGGGGGGAGGCAAUUCUGGAGACUGGUGGUCUGUUUUCAGUGCUCUGUCUGGCGUUCUUUUCAGUGCGGCAAUCGGUGUUCGUGGCGCCUCCCCCCACGUAGCAUUAUGUGGUUGUCUGGGCUAUCUCACCUCGGUGUUGAUCUUCCUGGACGUCUUCAUCAUUGCACCUUUGAGGCAUGUGCGUUGCUGUCAAAAA